UGCAUACAAUAUAAAAAAAGCGAUAUCUUUACGAAUGUGGUCGCUUGAGUAUAAAAUUUUAUUCAAUAUAUUUAAAAAGAGUAGUGUUUCAGGAAGGAUUUAAUUGAAGUUAAAAGUUAUUGUGGAUGAAUAUAUAUUGGAACAAUUGUAAAAAGAGAAAUUUUAAGCAUUUACUAGAACGGGAAAAAAUGUCUACAUAAUAGAACAUAAAUACAAACAUAUAUAUAAUACGUAAAUAUGCGUGUGGAAGGACGAAAAAACAAAAAAGACCUUUAAACGAUUGUAGUUUACGCGGCGGUCUUUGGAACACAACGCCUUCAAAAACAUUUGUAUCUUCGCGGCCAAUUGAGGAAUAUUAAAGUUUGAAGGCAAUUGCAGACAACUUUGGUAGCUAUUCAACCAUAAGGUCCUUCAAAAUAGCGAUGGUAGACACGCAGAAUGCACUUGCUCUACGUAAACAGAGUGUAUGUGCAAAAAACAGGGAAAUUGGAGCAUAUACCAUUAACGACUAUCAUCGAGACGAAGCCUCGUUUUAGAGCUGUUUUACUUAUUUAUAUACUCGCCAUUGAAGAAAGAGAAUGCUAAUCAACCAGUAAAUCACCCAGCUCUAUAUACUUUGCAGAUAGUGCUAAGAAGCUUUAUUUGUUAAGAAACUAUUUUAUACAUUUUUACCGUCUGUUGUUAAAGCGCAUACAGCUGUUUAAGGCAUAAAAAAACAUGUCCCAAACCCUUAACAACACUCCAACAGCAGCCCCGUUAAAAAAAAUUUGCUUAAAUAUUUAUUGGCCUAAUAAUACGCAUCAUGCAGUUAAUAUUGAUGAUCAGACGGACACCGUACAGGAUGUUAUAGAAAAAACAAUAGCUCUGGUGCCCUCAGCCCAAAAACCUAACUUUAAGUAUUAUUCUUUACGUCUGCAGAACAUGAUAACAAAGGAAACGCUAUGGAUGAAUAAAACAAGCAAAAUACAAAAGUUGCUCAUACAUAUCUGGAAUGCCACAUGUCCAAAUAUUGAAUGUCCUCAGUUGCAAAAGAACAUACCUUUGGAAAAGCCGUUAAACAUUAACGAUAGCCUGAGCAUCUGGCGACCAGAAUUGCGAAUCCGUUACUUACCAAACAGCAUUGAAGAACUACAUGCAGAAGACAAAAUUACUUGUCAUUUUUAUUUCGACCAGGUCAAACAAGAAUUUAUACAAUCAAAUUCAAGCGCCAUUGAUUUUGACAAUGCUGUACAAUUGUGCUGUUUAAGCAUUUUGCACUAUUUUCGCGGCACAGCGGGAAAUGUGCCGGAUAAAAAACAGCACGUGGAUUAUAUUGAGAAGGAGGUUGGAUUUAGUUACUUCCUGCCGAAAUCUGUGAUAUCCUCAGUUAAGCCAAAGAAUCUUAAAAAAGUGAUACAUACAACUUAUAAAAAAAUCUACCAAUUAACUGAUAUCGAAUACAUUACAAAAUAUUUCAACAUAGUAAAAAAAUUUCAUGAGACUGACUACGAAAAAUUUUCAGUCACGUUAAGUUCUUCCUGGAAUAUAUCUGGUUUUCUGUACGUAGGUCCGACAAUAGGAAUUUCAUAUCAAACUCAUCCACAAGCAAAAGUAACGCAAGUGGCAACAUUUAAAGACAUUCGUCGUAUAAUUACCCUAUUUUUACCAAAAGACGACAUACAUUCCAGUAAAGAAAAGGAUCUUAAUUAUCAAACGCGAUAUCCGCACCGCUGUCUUCAUGUCGACGAUAAUGUGACGAGAAGAUCUUGUAACUGUCGUAAUAUGAAAACGCAAGUAAGAAUAAAAACCACUAGUAAUGAGGAGGAUUUGGUAAUAACAUGCAAUGGUUAUAACACUGCUACCAGCGUAGCAAGUCUUAUAGAAGGCUACUGCUUAUUGAUUAAUAAAAAUCAAGUUUACACAUUAUGGAAUCCAAUCAGUAACCAACACCAAAUUGAUGAAACGAGAGAAGGUAAUAGGGACGCCGUUCAGAUAAGUAAAGGCGACAUAUUUGUGACUAAUAUUUUUGAUGGGCAUAAUGCGGAUAGUCCCACCCAACUGAAUGUGAAACCAAAAUUAACUGCUGACUACGUUGAAAUCGGUACAGUGGACGACGAGGGGGAUUAUUCAACGCCGGCUGUACGUAAUUAUGAAUUGGAUCGUUCUGAGAUCGUUCUGAAAAGUACCAUAGGUGUAGGUCAAUUUGGCGAUGUUUACGUAGGCACUUAUCACACAAAAAUAAAGGGGGGAUCGCGGGAGACUCAAACAGAUGAAAAGAUAACUGAAUCUGCCGCCAUACAAGUGGCCGUAAAAACAUGUAAAACUAACGAUGAUCCCGAAAAGAUGGAACGGUUUUUAGAAGAAGCUUAUGUGAUGCAAAAAUUCGAUCAUCCCCAUAUAAUACGACUUAUAGGUAUAUGUAGUGAAUCCCCUGUUUGGAUUGUAAUGGAAUUGGCUGAAUAUGGUGAACUGAGGGCGUACUUAAAAUCAAAUGCUGAAAAGUUAUGCAAGGAGAUUUUAUUGUUAUACUGCUAUCAACUAUCAACGGCUCUAAGUUAUUUGGAGUCUAAAAAAUUUGUUCAUCGCGAUAUCGCUGCCCGUAAUGUUCUCGUUCGUUCACCCACUUGUAUCAAGUUGGCAGAUUUUGGAUUGUCACGAUGGGUGUCAGAACAAUCGUACUAUCAUUCUAGCAUGUGCAUGCUGCCAAUAAAAUGGAUGGCUCCUGAAUCAAUAAAUUUUCGUCGCUUCACCGUAGCCAGCGAUGUCUGGAUGUUUGGCGUUUGCACUUGGGAGAUCUUAAUGCUGGGCGUUAAACCGUUUCAGGGAAUCAAAAAUAGUGAUGUCAUCGCUAAAUUAGAAAAUGGUGAACGGUUGCCUUUUCCUAACAACUGUCCGCCGCGCUUAUACAGCUUAUUGUCGCAAUGCUGGGCUUACGAGCCCUCAAAAAGGCCAAACUUUAAAAGAAUAAAAGAAACUCUUUACGAAAUAUUAAUAGAGGAAAGAGCUGCCGGGUUUGAGGUUGGUAAUAAAGAAAACGCCCGUGUUUUAUUUAUGAGCGCAGACAAUGACUUGCCGCCUUCAAAACCAGCGAAAAUAAUGCAAACUCGAGACAACUUCAAAUUAUCGCCAGCAUACGAUGAAACUGCUCUUAGUCCGCAGACCUAUAUAAUAGCUCAAGAUCCCGAAGUGUUGGCCUGUUUGAUGAAAGAAAACGAAAACCGUAUCAUUAACCCGGCUGCUUAUACAAUGCCCGCCUCGGUAUUUAAUACUUUAGCUGUAGAAGUAGACACAUCUAAAACAAAUUCUAAUGAUAUUGCAUUGAAAACUACCAAGCUGCCAGUGUCGGAGUUUCUCAAGUUAGAUGAUACUAUUAGUAGGGAGGAUAAGAUAGCAGUUCUAAACACAUUGCAGCAAAAUAAGGCAGAAAUUUUAAGGUCGUAUUUAAAAUCAAAGGCAGCACCAACAACAAAAACAUUUAACUCUUCAAAGGAUAACAACGUAAAAACUCAAAUGAAUAUUUCCCUUCAAAUAAAAGCCGAUCAAAUAAACAACUGUACUAGUACGCAUAGUGCUUCGUGUGCCCAUCAGACGUUGACAAGACAAAGUGACUGCUUCUUAAGUUCAUUAGAUCCUUCUUUCCGCAACCGAAGCUUUUGCUAUAAUGAUGUUGGUGAGGUUGAUUAUUCAUUAAAAUCGCUACCAGCGUCAUUAGUAAAAGAAGAAAAACCCCAACUAAUAUACGACUUUGGACGAAAUUCACCAAUUUUGCAAGAUUCACCCGUUUCUCUUACUACCGCCAAGACAAUUUUAAAACCUAUAUGUGGUAGUUUGGAAAGAAAUGUUAUAACCCCUUAUUUGAGUAGAGCAAAUAAGGGACGCUACAUAGGCGGUUCAUUAGAACGCAAUAAGACACUUAUCAAUACUCUAAGUACGCCACGUAAAUCUGUGCCACGCAGCGCUAGCUUAGAACGUUCAGUUCAACAUAAUAAGGACAUUUCGCACUUUUACUACUGCACUGGUAGUUUGGAAGCUUACUCUUCCUUUGUUGUUCUUAAAAAUCAUAUGAAGAUUUCCCCCGAAUAUCGGGCGCUUGAAGAAGAAAUUUAUGAUAUGUGUCCUGCCCAAAGCAAUAUUUAUAUCGGUGCAGGUGCAGAUUCAGCCGUUUGUUCUCAAAACGCACUUACGUUGUUCCCUGCACAGACUUAUAUUCCAAUGGCGCCGGGCAGUAGUUCCGCCUGUUUAAUUAAUCAAAGUUUGGUUGAUAUAGACACUAAUAAAAAUAUUAACGUUCACCCGCAACAACAACAGAAAACACCGGAAGAAAUGUGCGAAGUAGUGGAAACUACGACAUUACCAUUAGCAGCAACAUCUGUGAAGAAUAAUAGUUGUAAGAUGCUAAUGGAGGAGAACUUGCACCAGUCAGCCGCUUUGCCAGACAAUAGCGAAGUAGAUUCCCACAAUUUGUCGGGAUCUUUAAAAUUGUCUUGGAAUGAUUCACUCGCUAAAGGUUUUUGCCGUGCAAGUGAAGUAUAUCCGAAACAACAUACCCACAAUUCGAAAAAUUUUCCAAAAAUGGCUACAGAAGUGAAUGUCGAUCAAAGAUCGGGCAUGGCUGAUUCCAGGUUAUUCGGUGAAAAUCAACCGAAAAUCAUUAUGAAACCUACUUUGGAUCGCAGCAAGGAUCAAGUGUAUAUGGCUACCAAGAACGUUGUAAAGGCAAUAAUAACUCUUUCGCAAGUGGUCGACCAAGAUACUGGCAGUAAUUAUCUAGAACUAGUCAAAAAUAUCGGUUAUGAAUUAAGGAAAUUGCUACAAUCGGUAGACGAACUUUCGCCCCUAAUACCAGCAGAAGCUCAUAAAGAAGUAGAAAUGGCUCAUAAGGUACUACCUAAGGACAUGCAUGAACUAGUUUCAACCAUGAGACUAGCGCAACAAUAUGGUGAUACCACGUUAGAUAAAGAGUACAAGAAAGGUAUGUUAUCAGCGGCACACGUUUUGGCAAUGGAUGCCAAAAAUCUUCUAGAUGUAGUGGAUACAAUAAAGCAAAGAUACGAGUCCAUAUUUAUUGAAUAUUAUAGCUCCCUUGCCGUUACCACAACUAGUAACACCACAGUUGUUGAGCUCCUGAAUGAAGAUGGUUAUCAAAUAAUGCAAAAACACUCUCUAGAACCUUUUUACUUAAACAGCAACGAAGUGCAUACUGUGCCAACUGAUAAUCAACUUGAUCAUGUUCCGAGUCUAGUCCAAAAACCCGAGUUUGUCUCAAACAAAAAUUCGAAAUUUGCCAACAGUUUCUCUGAUGAACAUCAAUCAUUAAAAAUAGUUGAGAAAAUUGGCACAGCUAGUGAGACUAAUUCUUCUAAGUUAUAAACCAAAAGAUAUAAAAAGAAAGAAAUUGCUCCAAAAGUUACUUUUUCUUUUACAUAUGUAUGUAUAUAUUAUUUCUAACGACAUAGAACAUACUAUUUCUAGCUUCUACCUAUCUAUAUGUACUAAUUAACCACCACUCAAAUAAAGCAAAAGAAC